GCAGGAGAGGAGUAGAGCAGAGAGAGCUGCUUUUUCAUGAAACGGGAGUAAAGUAGUGAACUUACAGGAACAUAUACCACUACCAACGUUUGGCUCGAUAUCUGCAUCGAUCUGCACACCCUUGUCUCCUGGAUCCUAGCUGAGAUCAGCGUGAACCACGUGGGUCUCUGCUCCCUGAUCUGUUUCCUGUUUGGAAAGACUUCCAGCUUCAUCGCGGAGUUUCUCUCGGUUUGUGGGCUCAUCUAAAGCUGAGUAACAGGAGUCUGUUAGAGGAGCAGAGGAACAAUUUUGGACUCAGCUCAGCUACUACAGAGGAAACAAUGACUUCAACACAAAAGGACCAACAUGGAGCAAGAAGUCAGCGCUCUCAGGAGGCCGACAAUCCUCACAGAAGAAAGGGAGAGAAAACCUACAGCUGUGAUGAGUGUGGGAAGGAUUUUACCCUGGCUCAAACCCUAAAAAGACACCGACUCAUCCACAGUGGAGUUAAACCUUACAGCUGUGAUGAGUGUGGGAAGGAUUUUACCCAGGCUGGACACUUAAAAAGUCACCAACUCAUCCACAGUGGAGUUAAACCUUACAGCUGUGAUGAGUGUGGGAAGGAUUUUACCCAGGCUGGACACUUAAAAAGUCACCAACUCAUCCACAGUGGAGUUAAGCCUUACAGCUGUGAUGAGUGUGGGAAGUCUUUUACCCAGGCUGGAUACUUAAAAAAUCACCAACUCAUCCACAGUGGAGUUAAGCCUUACAGCUGUGAUGAGUGUGGGAAGUCUUUUACCCUGGCUGGAAGCUUAAAAACACACCAACUCAUCCACAGUGGAGUUAAGCCUUACAGCUGUAAUGAGUGUGGGAAGUCUUUUACCCUGGCUGGAAGCUUAAAAACACACCAACUCAUCCACAGUGGAGUUAAAGCGUACAGCUGUGACUUGUGUGGAAAAUCUUUUACCGAGGCUGGAACCUUAAAAACACACCAACUCAUCCACAGUGGAGUUAAAGCGCAUAGCUGUAACUUGUGUGGAAAGUCUUUUACUCGGGCUGGAAGCUUAAAAAUACACCAACUCUUCCACAGUGGAGUUAAACCGCAUAGCUGUGACUUGUGUGGAAAGUCUUUUACCCAGGCUGGAGACUUAAAAACACACCAACUCAGCCACAGUGGAUUUAAACCAUACAGCUGUGAUGAGUGUGGGAAGGAUUUUACCCGGGCUGGACACUUAAAAACACACGAACUCAUCCACAGUGGAGUUAAAGCACACAGCUGUGACUUGUGUGGAAAGUUCUUUACCCAGGCUGGAGAAUUAAAAACACACAGACUCGUCCACAGUGGAUUUAAACCUCACAGCUGUGAGUUGUGUGGAAAGUCUUUUACCGAGGCUGGAAACUUAAAAACACACCAACUCGUCCACAGUGGAUUUAAACCUUACAGCUGUGAGUUGUGUGGAAAGUCUUUUACCCAGGCUGGACACUUAAAAAGACACCAACUCUUCCACAGUGGAGUUAAAGCGUACAGCUGUGAUGAGUGUGGAAAGUCUUUUACCCUGGCUCAAACCUUAAAAACACACCAACUCAUCCACAGUGGAGUUAAACCUUAGAGCUGUGAGUUGUGUGGGAAGUCUUUUACCCAGGCUGGAGGCUUAAAAACGCAACAACUCAUCCAUAGUGGAGUUAAACCUUACAGCUGUGACUUCUGUGGAAAGUCUUUUACCCAUCGUAAACUCUUAAAAUUACACCAUAUCAUGCACAGUGGAGUUGAAGCACACAGCUGUGACUUGUGUGGUAAGACUUUUGCUCAAAAUAGCGACUUACAGAGGCAACUAGUUACCCACUCUGGAAUUAAGGCGUACAGCUGCCACUUUUGUGGAAAAAGGUUCAGUGACAAACAGUACCGAAAUAUUCACCUGCGGAUUCACACUGGAAAUGAUGUUUCCUGCUGUGAUCAGUGUGGGAAACCAUUUAUAAAAGAUGCACAGUUACAACAACACAUGUUUAGCCACACUGAGGAGAGACCUUAUAAAUGUGACCUGUGUGAGAAGACUUUUAAAUCUCCACAUCAGCUGAAAAAACACCAACAGAUCCACACCAGAAAGUAACUCUACAAGUGCAGUUACUGUGAGGAUGUAUUUAUUUUUAUCUUGUAAUUUUAACCUGAUUGGAACAAGUCUGAUCAGUGAACGUAUGGAGUUAUACUGAAUGAACUGUUUGGAAAAAUGAAGAGUCAUUUUCGCUCAGUAAGCUGAGUGUUGUAAUGUAAACAGUAAAAUGUAAUUGGCGUUGGCAGAGAUGCUCUUUAUUUCAGGCGACAUUCAGGAUAAAAACGUUGAAGGAAUUCCCUGAUUCACAAUGUCUUUGUUUAGAAGUGGAGCAAAGCACAUGGAUCCAGUUCUCAACCCUGUCGUCACUGUGGUGGUGGGAUAGAGUUUCUCUUUGACCUUUGUGGAAGAACCUCCAAUCACGAACGGGACCUAAAAGCACAUCAACGUAGACACACUGGAGACAAAAUGAACUACUGCAAAGAAUGUGGGAGAGCCUUCCACACACCAAGUACAUUAAAAAUACAUGAACUCUUCCACAGUGUGGUCAAAAAGCACAUCUGUGACCAGUGUGGGUCAUCCUUCACCACUGCAUGUGAGCUUAAAGAAAAAGCAUAAGUGAAUCCACACAGGAGAGACACCAUACAAGUGCAGACUGUGACAAAAGCUUCUCACAAUCAGGUCAUCGUAACAAACAUGAACGUACACACAUGGAAGUGAACUUCAGCUGUGACCAGUGUGACAAGAGCUUCAGGAAUGUCAGUUCAUACUCCGAACACAAAUAAUCCCACGCUGUAAAUAAACUGUUUCACUGUUACCAAUGUGCAAAAACAUUCACCUCAUUAUAUGCUCUGUCUGUCUGUCAUCAGCCUGAUCAUGCAGGACUGAAAUCACUGGAUCACAAUGAAUCUGAAGAGAGAGAAAGAUCCUCUUCUGGUUUCAGGGUCGGACUUAAAAACCUUGAGAUCAGGCUCCACAGAGUUCAGCUGGAAUCUCCUGUAAAGAGUGUCAGCUGAUGUCACACUUGGAUCUGAUGAGGUAGCUCUGAUUUCUGGAUCUGCAGUGAAUAAUUCUGAAUGUUACAUUUAGGAAGCUGCAUGUAUAGAUAUGUAUAUCAAGGUUUUUUUUUUCUUUUGAGGGAUUUUAAUUCUCUAAAAUGUUAUCCCUGUUACAUUUUAGUCUUUG